CGCAGCCUCAUGAAAGUAGGUCCGGAUACGCCAAUAUCUGACAAUAUAUACAAUACUGAGAUUUUACCUUUCUUUUUAUAGAUCCACAUGGGGAUACGGUCUACUGGGACAACAGGCCAUUAGAAGUCAAUGGCCAAGCAUGGGUCUUGAUGCCAGUUCCUAAGUGUAAUGAAGACUUGCAAGCCUUCCAGAUGGACGGAGGGUUCCGCGAAGUUAUCGUCUUAUGUCCCAGGAUGUUUGAACACUACUAUGACUUGGGAGAAUAUCAAGUCAAUAUGGCAUCCCGCCCCCCGGUGUUCCCCAGAGGCAUACACAUUGACAGUUUUGCUACUUCGUUGAUGUUUGUCCUGGUCCAUGAAGUAUCGCACUGUAACCUCUUCCUCCAGGGUCUUGCGACCAGUACGAUAAUACCCCGAACCCCAAUCAGCCGGGCCAUUUCCUUUCAACCUUCUAACAGGUAUCUUUAGGUGAUGUCCCAGCAGAUACCGACGGUUAUGGCUGGAAUGAGGCAGUCCGCCAUGCCGACAACAACCAUCUGUAUGCAUUGGAAAAUGCUGGUAAGUCGGGGUGUCUAACUAUCUCAACGAUGCAACAUGCUGACCCAUCUCGUCUAGACAAUUUUGCUCUUUUUGUCCUUGGUAGCUAUGACCCCUCUGGUCGCCAUUCUUUCUAUCGGCUGAUAGUUACUGACAAUCCCAAGCCAUGUAUCUGUCCAGAAACGACUGGAGC